UUGUAAACACUGCGAUCACUUGGAGGUGAGAGAGAAGCAGCAGAGGAAACGUUAAAAUGUCAAGAAACACGAAAACAACGUUGAUUUUUGGAGGUUUUGUCGUGGCUGUCGCCGCCGCGUUUUACCCCAUAUUCUUCUACCCGCUGGCACAUAAACAGCAGUACAGAGAAGUCCAGAAGGUGAACCGGGCCGGAGUCAACCAGGCAGAAAUCCAACCCGUCGGUGUGACGGUUUGGACGGAUCCAUUCAAGCCGGCAGGAAAAUGACCAGCAGCGACGUUUCCUCUGAUGAUGAUGAAGACGAUGAUGAAGACUCUGAACACUGAACGCCUGUUUGACGAUGCUUGGUGUGUGUGAAUGUGAGUGAAUGCUUUCAGAGUGUGUUUAUUUAGUUCUUAAGUGAUUCCUUAAAUUGUAUGAAUAAAGUUAAAAGCUCUUAUAACUAAAA